AUGUCUUUCGAGCAAAGCUCUGAUAAAGUUGUACAUAUUUCCAAUUUACCAUCAGGUAUCACCACAGAUUUUAUAAAAAUACUUUUGCAAGAAUGUGGCGAAGUUGUCAAUGUAACUCUAAAAGAGAGGCAAAAUGGAAAUUUUGCAUUUGUUACAUUUGAUACACCCGAAUCUGCAUUGAAAGCAAUCAAAGAAUUUAACUAUACUAAACUAAACGGUUCGCCAAUAGUAAUUACUCCUACUACUCAAGAAUAUCAGAACUUAAUUAAAUCUGGCGAAGGCAAUUUAUAUGUUCGCGGUUUAGAUGUAUAUAUUGAAGUUUCGCAGCUCCAUGAACUAUUUCAGACAUAUGGAGAAGUUAUCUCUUGUAAAUUACCAACAGGAACUGAUGGCUUAAAUAAAGGUUAUGCUUAUGUCCAAUUCCGUGACCCUAACGAUGCUGAGAAGGCUCGUGUUGAACUGAAUGAUGCUGUGAUUAACGGAAAGAAGAUUUCUGUUGAGCCAUAUAAAAAGAAAGAGAGACCACAGAAAACAAGCCCGGCAUCAAAUCCUAGAGGUGCUCCAGCAAGCGACGAUGUCUUUACUAAUAUAUUUAUCCGAAAUCUUCCGAGCAACGUCAGAAAUGAAACAGAUUUGGGCAAUCUUUUCAGCGAAUUCGGCGUUGUCAUCUCUACUAAGAUGCUCCCUGACGGUUUCUCAGGUUUCUGCAAUAUGAUUGACCAUGAUUCCGCUGUCAGAGCGAUUCAAGCUUUAAAUGGCAAAGUUAUUGAUGGCAAAGUUCUCGAAGUUGUACGCGCUAUCUCUAAGGAAGAAAGGAUGGGAGUUCCUCGUCCAGUUCCUGGAAAAUCUUCUUAUUUGGCCCCUAAUUCAUUCACAGGAUAUUCAUCGAAUUCGCAAAGUGCAUUCUCCUCGCAGCCAACAACUACACCUACUCCAGCACCUAAUCCUACUAAUUCUUCCUUUGGAUCUUCAUCAACAACUACAUUCGGCGGUUCUUCAUCGAUGUACGGCAAUUCUUCGAAAUUUUCAUCAUCAGCAAGCUCAGCAUAUACAGCUACAUCCGCUCCAAGCCCAUUUGGCUCUUCUUCUUACUCAGCAUAUGGAAAUAAUUCGACAUCUGUAUUUGCAACAUCUACAACACCCAGCUACACCGGAUCUGCCUUCGGCAUGAAUACCAGAGCACCAAAGAAUACUUACGGAUCUUCUUCCUACGUAUCAAAUCCACAAUCAGCCUACGGAACUCCAGGAGGCUCAUCAUCCUACGUUCCACCACAAAAUACAGCCUACGGAGUUCCUUCCGCACCUUACGGAGCUUCCGCAUACGGUGUUCCUAAGCAGACAACUCCAUACGGAAAUUCAUCGGCAUUUGGUGACUCCCCCUACGGAAUUCCGAAACCAUACGGUGCCAAUCCAAUGUUUGGCAGUCCAUACGCUCCUCAGCAGACUUAUACAGCGUUUGGCUCUUCAUCAGCGUACGGGCAGCCAUCUCCAUCUCAACCAGCCGGGCAAGGAUCUCCAAACCAGUCUAGAUUUGGCCAGCCUUCUUACGGACAGUCUGCUUUCGGUGCUCCUGCGAAGGCACAGGUUUUCUCUGCUCCUGGACAGAACCAGUAA